UUGAUACCCAUUUGGGUGAUGGAACAAGAGCGGAAUUUUUGGGCAGAGAAUCACAUACUGAGAAGAGGGCCAUGCAUAGCUGAAAGUGAGAACAAGGACGAAAGUACUGCUAGUCAGGUUAUCAUUUCAUCCAAAGCAUCUGAUGAUUUUUGCAAUCACCCCGAGUUAUUUAAGAAGUUGUUAGAGAUGGGUGUGCCUCUUUAUGAUUCUGUCGACGCAAAACUGGCAUGGCUUCGAUCUCAGAUCAUUGGUGACGACGCAGAGUUUGAUUCUCCUUCUGGAAGACGACGACUUCUCUAUGCUGAUCAUACUGCUUCAGGUCGUAGCCUUCACCACAGUGAACACUUCAUCCUCCAUCAUCUCCUUCCCUUUUAUGGCAAUACUCACACAUGCGAUAGCUAUGUCGGAAGUCAGACGACAAAAAUGGUGCACGAAGCAACCGAUUACAUCAAGAAAUGCUUAAGCGGUGGACCAGACGAUGCACUCAUAUUUUGUGGCUCGGGUGCUACGGCUGCCAUUAAAAGGCUCCAAGAAGUAAUGGCCAUUGCUGUACCUUCGAUCCUAAGGGACAGAGUUCUGAAAAUGUUGAGCCCACGAGAAAGAUGGAUCGUCUUCGUUGGACCUCACGAGCACCAUUCCAACCUCCUCUCAUGGCGACAAUGCUUGGCCGAAGUAAUAGAGAUUGGCCUAGACGACGAGGGCUUGCUAGAUUUGCACUCUCUAAAGCUUAAACUUGAAGAGUAUAAAAAUACCAGCCGACCAAUAUUGGGAUCUUUCUCAUCUUGUAGCAACGUCACUGGAAUCUACUCGGACACGCGAGCAAUUGCUCGGCUUCUUCACCAGUACAAUGGCUUCGCAUGCUUCGAUUUCGCGGCAAGUGGUCCAUACGCGAAAAUUGAAAUGAGAUCCGGAGAGAGUGAUGGAUAUGAUGCUGUGUUCGUGAGUCCACAUAAGUUUCUGGGAGGUCCUGGUUCUCCUGGUGUGCUCUUGAUGAGCAAGGCCCUUUAUAGGUUGGGAUCUUCACCGCCGUCGACUUGCGGAGGUGGAACUGUGAGCUAUGUCAAUGGCUUCAACGAAAAGGAUACAUUAUAUUUGGAGAGUAUAGAGGAAAGGGAAAAUGGAGGCACUCCUCAAAUAAUCCAGACGGUGAGAGCCUCAUUGGCGUUUUGGUUCAAAGAAUACAUCGGCUACGAAGCGAUUGAAACACGUGAACAAUCGUACAUAAACAGGGCACUAGAGAGGCUUCUUCCAAAUCCUAAUAUUCGAGUUCUGGGAAACUUGAGCGCCAAGAGGCAAGCCAUUUUGUCAUUUCUGAUCUAUACGACCACCAAUUCUUCAUCGCUAGGUGGUAAAAAUGAAGGGAGAGAUGAUGAUAUCAAGAAGGAAAAGGAAGGGCAACUUAAUCUGUGGGCAGAGAGUGUGAACAAAAGAGGUAAGCCUCUUACAGGUCCUUUUGUUGCAACUCUUCUGAAUGACUUGUUUGGCAUCCAAGCUCGAGGUGGGUGUGCUUGUGCUGGACCCUACGGCCACGAAUUGCUCAACAUCAACAAAAGUCAAUCUCUUGCUAUUAGAUCCGCAGUUGAAGAGGGGUAUGUUGGAGUGAAACCUGGAUGGACCAGAAUCAGUUUUCCUUAUUACAUGAGCGAAGAGGAUUUUGAGUUCAUACUAACAGCCGUGGAGUUUAUAGCAGACUAUGGCCAGCGAUUCCUUCCCUUGUACAGCUUCAAUUUGAGAAAUGGAAACUGGAAACUGAAAACACAGGAACUUGGGAAAGAAGACGAUGGCAACUUUUUGAUUCAUUUGUUGGAGAAAGAAGGGAAAGCGAGAAGGAAUGCAUCAUACAUAGAAGCAGCUAUGUGCAUGGCUAAUCGGCUCCCAAAGUUCCCGGCUCCGAGUAUUCUACCGGGGAACAUAGACCCCAGUGUCCUUCAUUUCAGAGCUUAA